AUGGACGAGGAAUUAGCCUUCGGCCAGACGGUUGAAGUGGUGGACCCUGAUGUCCGCGCACAUGUUUACAGUCUUGUUACUGCGCUGGGAGGCUUCAAUGGCGAGGAUGCGGACAAAUACGUCCUCGGAGACGACGCGCUGGCAUGUCUGCGCGAUAUCAGACGGUGGUUGAAAUUAUAUGACGAGAAGUACAAUCGCAUGGACGUUGCGCGAUGUCUAGGAGAGUCGAAUUUGGUCAAUGGUGACCUCUUACCCAUUCUGUCGGCAUGGUGGCAUGGGAAUCAGGGAAGCCGAUAUAUGUCUCGGAUCGCAUUGGCAUGCAAAGUGGAAUUGCUAGUACCCUUGACCUGGCCGCUGGAGGUCCAUGCCGAAAUGCCCGCCAACCACCUUCGCCAUAUACCAUAUCUCCAACAUGUGCAGGUACUGUACAAACGGGGUCUUCUCAGCCGCGGCCACACUCCCCUUCUCCGAGCCAUCAUCCGCAUCGCCCUUCCUAGCAUGGCGGUCUCUCGAUCCGAACGGACGACCCGUGACGAAGGCAUACUCAAGCUGAUGCUCUACUUGCUCCGCAAUAUCGCGAUCAUAUCCACAAAUGCCCGGCUCGCGGCCGAGGGCGACGAAGAGGAGACCUCAAGAUCCGCGACAAUCAAUGCGUUUCAGGAACAAGACGCAUUCGCUCUUCUCCUCACCAUGUGCUCUAACGUGGGCGAUGAUUUCACAAUGCAAGACAUGGUUCUUCUCGAGAUUGUGUUCCACCUCAUCAAGGGUGUUGACGUGGAGAAGCUUUUCAUGAGUGAUGCCCAGCGAAGCGCCAAGCGGACGGACGAGCUGAGUGAGCUGUUGAGCAAAGAGACAUCCUUACGAAGGGAGUACGCCAAAAACGCGCCAACGCGGCAUGGUCGAUUCGGAACAAUGAUCUGGGUGAAACGUGACGAUGCCAAAAUGUCGACCGUUUCAGGUCAGGAUGUGCUAAAGGACAGCCAAGCGACGUUGUACAAGAUGGAUCAGUCGAAGAAAUGGAACAAGCCAAAGCAACGCCAGAAGCAGGAGCUGUCAGUGGUGAAUAACGACUUCGACACACCGGUGCAUCUCAACCCAAUUGCCAGCAAAAACCUAAGGAUGUUUGUGGAGGAAUUCCUGGAUUCUGGGUUCAACCCACUCUUCACCCACGUCCGAAAGGCCAUCGAACGUGAGGCGGAUCGAGUGAUGGACAUCAACUCCCGGCAGUAUUUCUAUGCAGUUGCCUGGUUUCUGGAAGCGGAGCGUACGCGACGGGUGCGCCAACGAGAGAAGCAUUCGCAGAGUGAAAAGGCCGCGAAGGAAUUCGAACCAGACAGCUUUUCCCUCAUCGCGAGUGUCCUGAACCAGGAGACAUUCGUUUUCCUGAACCGAUCUAUGCAAUACAGCUUUGACCAGAAAGACUGGGCCGACCUCAAUGCGGAGAUGCGUUGCUUCACGCAGAUCUUGUUAACGGUCCAGGAAAUGGCAACAUCGCCACUUGAAGAAGACCAAGAGAUUGCGGAGAACAUUCAGAACCGCAUCUUCUAUGAGGAGACGACCCAUGACCGCAUUCUCGCAAUUGUCCGCGGAUACAAGGAUCAGGGAUAUGGAUAUUUGGAUGCAUGCACCGAGCUUUCCCAUGUAUUCCUCAGAAUGUUGGAGCGCUAUUCGAAGGAGAACACCGAUAUGCAGAUCCGAUCUCGACGACGUGCUAAACGAAAGAAGCAGCUCGAGCAGAAGGGCGACGAGAACAACGGAGAGGAGCAGGACUCCGAGGAGGAAGAAAUGCUCGAAGCUGAAAGGGUUUCCAAGGAGCGCAAGUUCGACUUUAGACGCUUUUCCGCCAAGUUCUGCAACCAGAAAUGUGUCGACACAUUUGUCUCCUUUGCCCGGUUCUACCGGGAGCUGAACUCUGACCAGCUGAAACGCCUCCAUCGCUAUUUCUACAGAAUAGCUUUUAAAGAAGAGAUGAGUGUUCUGCUGUUCCGCGUCGACAUCAUCAACCUGUUCUACCGCAUGAUCAAGGGCCCGGGAGGUAUGGAUUCGACCAAGCCCAUCUUCAAGGAGUGGGAAGAGUUUGUCCGACAACUCAUCCGGCGAAUGGUCAAGAAAAUCGACCAGCGCCCUGCGCUGAUCACAGAAAUGCUUUUCAGCAAGAUCAACUCUACGAUGUACUACCUGGAGUUUGGGCACGAGAAACAAACAAUCUCCGUGACCAGGCGGCCCCCUGCCGAACUGGUGGUCAAUCCCAACGACGCGGAGACAACCGAGGACAAGAUCAAAAUCGUCAUCGGGGCUUUGGUCAAGGACGGGAAAAACCGUCUUGUCUCAUGGUUGAGUGGGGUUUUGGACUCAGCAGCAGAUGAACGAGAGGCCUUUGAGAUCCAGGAAGCCGCCGAGCGUGAAGAGAACACGAGAGCGUCGCGGGCUCCUAAUCCCAUGAUUCCCGUCGAACCUUCUGACGACGACUGCAAAAACGAGAUGUUCUCUAACGCCAAGCUCCGUCUUCUGAUGGCCUUGGUCAAGUUCGAACGACUCGGAGUCGAAGACAUCCCCGGAGCGUCGUGGGUUGUUCCUGCACAUCUGAGCUCGGCAGACAUCCGGGAUAUCAAAUCGACAGUUGACAAGUGUCUCGCGGACCCGUUCCAGGGCACCUUUGACCGCGAGCCACAGGCGAUGCUUCAACGCAAGUUCCAGAGAGAGAACAGGGGCAGCUUCGAGCCGACGCAAGAGGUUAGCUUUGGAAAUGAUUCCGAGGGCGAGGAUACCCCUGAGUUCCUCUUCCCACCGAACCCUCGAUCCAAGAGCAACGCCCUGGAGGAGCUCAAGAAGAAGCGCAAGAAGUGCAAAAACGAUGAUGGCGAAAAGGAGCCACUCGAUGAGCAGACCAUCGAAGAACGCCGCCGCGCACGCGAAGAGAAUGCACGAAGUCGUCAGGCCAAAAUCAAGAGUGACUUAUACGUGCACGCUAGCGAUGAAGAGAGCGAUGACGAGGCAGAUGAAGAGUUCUUCCGUCUUGAGGAAAAGAGAAGAAAAGAGCAAUCCGAAAGAAUCAGACAGGCUUUGCUUCUUGGGAAGGUGGAAGAGCUUGCCAACAAGGCUGGUAAGAAGACUCAGCGCAAGCGGCCUAGCGAUCCGCAGAUCGCUGGUGACUCCGAAAGCCAAAAUAAGCGGCUGCGACAGGAUAUACCCGAAGAUGACGAUGAUCUCAUCAUGGGAGGCUCCGAGCCGGAUUCACCUGGAUUGCAGACUGGUGACCACGACUCUGAUGAUGACUUGCGCUUCGAGGAUGACUUGGCUUUCCGACGAAAUCGAGAAAGCUCUGCUGCUUCUGACAGGAAUGGUCCACCUGGGGAGGCGAAAGAGGAUGAGGACACUCCAGUAGCUGCCUCCGGCCGAAGACGAAUGCGCGCUGGGUUCGUCAUUGACAGCGAUUCUGAAUAA